AUGGUGGAUGGACGCGUGGGAAUGCGCCCAGCUGCCCCGGACUGUCCCAGCCCGGACGCUACUUCCAUCAACAACCUCCUGCGGGCCAACAGCCGAGAACGGCUGUACGUGCUUCCGAUCUGCUGGACGCUGCGGCAGCCGCGCCUCCUGGGCUGUCACUUCACCCUCGAGAAGAUCCGGUGGGGCAAAGGAGACCCCCCAUCGAAAUCGGUGGUCCAGAUCCUGCGGGACCAACACCCGGCAUAUAAAAGCCCCAUCUACGCGAUCGCUCAACUGACCCUUCCCGGCACCUUGGCCGCGAAGAAAUGCGAUGUGGCGAACAUCCUGCGCUGCUACAAUCUUUUUUCGCUCGGCCCGGACAGCAGCCUGUCGUUCUCGUUUGCGCAGCGAGAAGCCGCCCUCCUCCCAACCGACGGCAUUUUCGCCCCUCCCGGCGCCCCGCCAAGUCUGGCCUACAUCACAUUUGACUUCAUCCAAACCCUCCGCAAGAAGACCGUGUACCGUCCGCCAGGUGGGAGGCGAAAUCGGCCGGUCGUGAAUCUUCACCAGAAAAGGCUGCGAUCGCUGGAGCCCCCGAAUCCCGCUGAGGAUCCCUAUCUGAUCGCGAUGCUCAUUGCCCUGGCCCAGGCCCAGCGGCGCCAGGCGGAUACAGGAGAGCGAUAUGACGGCCAAAGCACCGCCCAUCGACAACCGCGAGCCCGGACCGCGAGUGCCAUGGAUGGUAUGGUGCCCAGGGCCCCCUGCUUGUGCGGCCCAGAGAUUGGCAAGACAAUCCAGAGGGCAGUCCAAUCCUUUCAAGUCACCGUGCUGGCAACCGCCGGUACAGUAACGGAGUGUUUCUAUGUCUACACCGCUACGAUUCCAACUGAGUUUCUCGAUCGAUUGGAUGCGCCUGCGCAGCCCUUGCGCAGUCUCCCGGUUCCAGUGAAAUACUUCCGCAUCCCUCUAAUGCCAGCGAGGAAAGCCCUGGGCAAAUUACACCACCUGGUCUGUAACGGUACAUGUCCCUUGUGUGUCGAAGAGGUACAUGCCGGCUCUGGCCGCGCAGACUGA